GGGAUGAUCAGACUGCAGACAACCAGAAGGAUUCUCCUCAAACAAUGAAUGAUGUUCUGAAGAGAGUAAAAGAACAACACAAAACCAGUAUGAAGAACAAGUAUGAGAGAUUAUUUGAGGGAACCAAACUCCAGGAGAAUGAAACCCUCCUGAACAGCAUCUACACACAGCUCUACAUCAUAGAAGGAGAGAGAGAAGGAGUGAAUGAAGAACAGGAGGUUUUACAGAUGGAGAAAACAGCCAGAACACAACACUCACAAGACACCGCAAUUGACUGCAAUGACAUCUUUAAAGCCUCACCUGAACCAGGACAUGAGGAGAAAGACCAUAUCAAGACUGUUCUUACUAAAGGCAUCACUGGAAUCGGAAAAACCGUCUCUGUGCAGAAGUUCAUUCUGGACUGGGCCGAGGGAAAAGCCAAUCAGGAUGUAGAUUUCAUGUUUGUGCUUCCAUUUCGAGAGUUGAACUUGAUCCGAGAUCAUCAGUACAGUCUUCACAGACUUCUGCUGGACUUUCAUCCUGAACUUCAAGAUCUGGACUCACAGAUUUAUGAGGAGUGUAAAGUUGUGUUCAUCUUUGAUGGUCUGGAUGAAAGCAGAAUCACACUGAUGUUUUCAGACGCUCAGAAAGUUUGUGAUGUGACUGAGUCUUCAUCAGUGUCUGUGUUGAUGUCAAAGCUCAUGAAAGGAGAGCUGCUCCCCUCUGCUCUCAUCUGGAUCACCUCCAGACCAGCAGCAGCCAAUCAGAUCCCCUCCAAAUACAUCCACCGUCUGACAGAAAUUCAGGGAUUCACUGAGCCUCAGAAGGAGGAAUAUUUCAGGAAGAGAAUCAGUGACCAUCAUCAAGCCAGAAGAAUCAUCUCACACAUCAGAAGAGCAAGAAGCCUCCACAUCAUGUGCCACAUCCCCGUCUUCUGCUGGAUCUCAUCCACUGUGGUUCAGAAGCUCCUGGCAGAAAAUCUGAGUGCAGAAAUCCCUCAAACUCUGACUGAAAUGUACAUCCACUUCCUGCUGAUUCAGAUCAACAUGAGGAAGCAGAAGUAUGAAGAGAGAGAUCCAGAGAAACUCCUGCAGUCUAACAAAGAAAUGAUUGUGAAACUUGCUGAAGUGGCUUUCAAACAGCUGAUGAAGGGCAAUGUGAUGUUCUAUGAGGAGGACCUGAUUGAGAGCGGCAUAGAUGUCACUGACGCCUCAGUGUAUUCUGGGAUUUGCACUGAGAUCUUUAAGGAGGAAUCUGUGAUUCAUCAGAGGAAAGUCUACAGCUUUAUUCAUCUGAGCGCUCAGGAGUUUCUCGCUGCUUUCUAUGUUUUUUACUACCAUGUAAAUUAAACUAUGGAGGGACUGAAGAAUUUAGCUUCAGUAAAAUAUUUGCUUAAAGGUGUAGUAGAUGAAGCUCUUGAGAGUGUGAAUGGUCAUCUGGAUCUGUUCCUGCGGUACCUGCUGGGUGUCUCACUGGAGUCCAAUCAGAGACUCAGGAUCUUACAGGAUCUAUUGACACACACGGAGAACAGCUCAGAAAGCAUCAGGAGAACCACACAGUACAUUAAAGAGAAGAUCAAAGAUGGACAAGGACUUUCCACUGAAAAAUCCAUCAAUCUGUUCCUCUGUCUGCUGGAAGUUAAAGGUCAGACUCUGUCCAGAGAGAUUCAGGAGUUUGUGAAAUCAGACAAACACUCAGAGAAGAAACUCUCUCCUGCUCACUGCUCAGCAAUCUCCUACAUGCUUCAGAUGUUAGAGGAGGUGCUGGAUGAGCUGGACCUCAUGAAAUACAACACAUCAGACGAGGGCAGAAGAAGACUGAUACCAGCUGUGAUCAACUGCAGAAAAGCUCUUCUUGCUGGCUGUAAUCUCACUGUUCAGGAUUGUGAAAUUGUGGCAUUAGCUCUAGGAUCCUCAGACUCUGUCCUGAGAGAGCUGGAUCUGAGUAACAAUGACCUGCAGGAUUCAGCAGUGAAGCUGCUCUCUGAUGCACUGAUGAGUCCAAACUGUCAGUUGGAGAUACUGAGGUUGUCUGGCUGUAUGGUGACAGAGGAAGGCUGUGGUUAUUUGUCUUCAGCUCUGAGUUCAAACCCCUCACACCUGAGAGAGCUGGAUCUGAGCUACAAUCACCCAGGACCAUCAGGAGUCCAGCUGCUCAAACACAAACUGCAGGAUCCAGACUACAAACUGCAGAUACUCAAAUAUCAUCAGCCGUAUCCUGAUAAUCCAGAGAGAUUUGAGCGCUUUGAGCAGGUUCUGUGUCAACCGAGUUUGACUGAACGCCAUUACUGGGAGGAAGAGCAGAACAACAGACUGGAACUGACAGUAAAACACAGAAGUAUCUUAUACACAGUUACAGAUGAGGACAAUCUUAUUAUCAAAACAUUUCAAGUUUCUACAGGAACCAGUCCAGACCAUCAGAAGACUUUCAGUACAGAAAGAGAUCCAGAACAAGUCAUGAGAGGAUCCAGUUCUGCUCACUUGCAGGAGGAGACUAGAGAUCUGCAGAAACCAGUAGAUGAUAAACUACAAAGAGUCAAAGACCAGUACAAAAACAGAAUGAAGAAACAGUAUGUGAGAUUAUUUGAGGGACUGAAACUCCAGGAGAAUGAAAUCCUCCUGAACAGCAUCUACACACAGCUCUACAUCAUAGAGGGAGAGAGAGAAGGAGUGAAUGAAGAACAUGAGGUUUUACAGAUGGAGAAAACAGCCAGAACACAACACUCACAAGACACUGCAAUCUACUGCAAUGACAUCUUUAAAGCCUCAGCUGAAGGAGGAUGUGAGGAGAAAGAGCAGAUCAAGACUGUUCUUAAAGGCAUCGCUGGAAUCGGAAAAACCGUCUCUGUGCAGAAGUUCAUUCUGGACUGGGCCGAGGGAAAAGCCAAUCAGGAUGUAGAUUUCAUGUUUGUGCUUCCAUUUCGAGAGCUGAACAUGAUACAAGAUCAUCAAUACAGUCUUCACAUACUUCUGCUGGACUUUCAUCCUGAACUUCAAGAUCUGGACUCACAGAUUUAUGAGGAGUGUAAAGUUGUGUUCAUCUUUGAUGGUCUGGAUGAAAGCAGAAUCACACUGACGUUUUCAGAUGAUCAGAAAGUUUGUGAUGUUACUGAGACUUCAUCAGUGGCUGUGUUGAUGUCAAAGCUCAUGAAAGGAGAGCUGCUUCCCUCUGCUCUCAUCUGGAUCACCUCCAGACCAGCAGCAGCCAAUCAGAUCCCCUCCAAAUACAUCCACCGUCUGACAGAAAUUCAGGGAUUCAGUGAGCCUCAGAAGGAGGAAUAUUUCAGGAAGAGAAUCAGUGAUCAGCAUCAAGCCAGCAGAAUCAUCUCACACAUCAGAAGAGCAAGAAGCCUCCACAUCAUGUGCCACAUCCCUGUCUUCUGCUGGAUCUCAUCCUCUGUGCUUCAGAAGCUCCUGGAAGAAGAUCUGAGUGCAGAAAUCCCUCAAACUCUGACUGAAAUGUACAUCCACUUCCUGCUGAUUCAGAUCAACAUGAGGAAGCAGAAGUAUGAAGAGAGAGAUCCAGAGAAACUCCUGCAGUCUAACAAAGAAAUGAUUGUGAAACUUGCUGAAGUGGCUUUCAAACAGCUGAUGAAGGGCAAUGUGAUGUUCUAUGAGGAGGACCUGAUUGAGAGCUGCAUAGACGUCACUGAUGCCUCAGUGUAUUCUGGGAUUUGCACUGAGAUCUUUAAGGAGGAAUCUGUGAUUCAUAAGAGGAAAGUAUACAGCUUCAUUCAUCUGAGUGUUCAAGAGUUUCUCGCUGCUUUCUAUGUGUUUUACUAUCACAUAAGCAUCAGUACAGAAGCAUGUUUAGAUUCACUGCAUAAUCUGCAAAAAAGAGGGGUAGAAAAAGCUCUUGAGAGUGAGAAUGGACAGCUGGAUCUGUUCCUGCGGUUCCUGCUGGGCGUCUCACUGGAGUCCAAUCAGAGACUCUUACAGGAUCUACUGACACACACAGAGAACAGCUCAGAGAGCAUCAGAAGAACCACACAAUACAUUAAAGAGAAAAUCAAAGAUGGACAUGGACUCUCCACUGAAAGAUCCAUCAAUCUGUUCCUCUGUCUGCUGGAAGUGAAAGAUCAGACUCUGUCCAGAGAGAUUCAGGAAUUUGUGAAAUCAGACAAACACUCAGAGAAGAAACUCUCCCCUGCUCACUGCUCAACAAUCGCCUACAUGCUUCAGAUGUCAGAGGAGCCGCUGGAUGAACUGGACCUCAAGAAAUACAACACAUCAGAUGAGGGGAGAAGAAGACUAAUACCAGCUGUACUCAACUGCAGAAAAGCCCUUCUUGCUGGCUGUAAUAUCACUGCUCAGGACUGUGAAGUUGUUUCAUCAGCUCUACAAUUCUCAAACUGUGUCCUGAGAGAGCUGGAUCUGAGUAACAAUGACCUGCAGGAUUCAGGAGUGAAGAUGCUCUCUGAUGGACUGAAGAGUCCAAACUGUCAGCUAGAGAUACUGAGGUUUGUGAACACAGUGGUGUAUUCACACCCAAAUGUGGAAAUCUUUUUUCACUUAUCUCUCUGUAGGUUGUCUGGCUGUAUGGUGACAGAGGAAGGCUGUGGUUAUUUGUCUUCAGCUCUGAGUUCAAACCCCUCACACCUGAGAGAGCUGGAUCUGAGCUACAAUCACCCAGGACCAUCAGAAGUCCAGCUGCUCAAACACAAACUGGAGGAUCCAAACUAUCAACUGCAGAUACUCAAUUUGAAUCAUGGAGAAUGUUUCAGGAUCAGACCAGGACUGCAAAAAUAUGCCUGUGAUCUCACACUGGAUCCAAACACAGCAAACACUAAACUCAUCCUGUCUGAGGACAACAGAAAGGCGACGCUUGUGGAAAAUCAUCAGCCAUAUCCUGGUCAUGCAGAGAGAUUUGAGCACUAUGAGCAGGUUCUGUGUGUUGAGAGUCUGACUGGACGAUGUUACUGGGAGGCUGAAUGGAGUGGCUGGGUUGACAUAGCAGUGACCUAUAAAGGAAUCAGCAGGAAAGGAAGAAGUGAUGGCUGUGAUUAUGGACUCAAUGAUAAGUCCUGGAGUUUGAGCUGCAUUAAGGGCAGAUACACUGUCUGGUAUGAUAAAAUCAGCAUUGAUAUUCCUGUACCUUUACCUCAAUCUAACAGAGUUGGUGUCUAUCUGGACGUGUUGGCUGGCUCUCUGUCUUUCUACAGCGUCUCUGACACACACACACUCACACACUUACACACAUUCAACACCACAUUCACUGAACCCCUCUAUGCUGGGAUUGGGGUUUUUUAUAAUAACUGCUCAGUAUGUCUGUGUCUGAUUUAGCAAUCUACAGGAGAGAACAACAAAGAAUAUUUAUCACACACCAAGUUAUAUAUAAGUCUCUGUCUCUCCUUACCUUAGAGUUUCAAGUUUUACAAAAACACAUCCAUGACAUAAAUAAAUGUUUUUACUGAUCCAGUAAAGGAGCAAUAAGUUAUUUCAUUUGUGUUUAGAAGCUUGAGGCAGUGUUCCACUGUUUAUUUGAAUCAAUUUAAUUACUUUAAUUGAUUUCUUGAAUAUAUAUACAGGUGCAUCUCAAUAAAUUAGAAUG